AUGAAUAAUCAUUUAGAGGAGAAAAAAAAGAAAGAAGAAGAAGAAAAACAAAGAUAAAAAGAAGAAUAAGGAAGAAGAUAAGUUAUACAUUCAAGAUUAAAUUAAUUCUUUGAAAAAUUGGUUAGUUUUGAAAUUAGGUACAAUAUCAUCUAAUAGAGACUUACUUAGGUAGAGGAAUGUUAGAGUAUAUUUAAUUAAUCUCUACCAUUAAUUGAAUCAACAUUAGAUAGUAAACUCGGUGAUCAAAAAUUUGAAUCUCUAUAAUAGAACCUCAUUUAGAAAAAAUAAUAAUCCAAUUCAUUGAUAAUCGAAUUCGAAUAACAUUUUAAUAAUCAAUUAAAAUAGAUAUAAGAUUCCAUCAUCAAAUAAUUUAAAUAGAAAGAGGAAUAAGAUAAUAUUUGGAAAGAUAAAAUUGAAAUUGAUUUCUAAAAUCUACUAAAAUCUAUAAAAGAAAAAGAAUUAAAUUAGGUUGAAUAGUAUAAAUAAUUGAAUGAAUCAAUUUUGCAAAUUAAGUAAAAGGAUGAAUAAGAUAAUAUUUGGAAAGAUAAAAUUGAAAUGGAUAUCUAAAAUCUAUUAAAAUCUAAAAAAGACAGUAUAACCAAUUAGUCCAAUAUAAUUUAACCUUAACCAGAUUUUAUUGAAAAUAAUGGAGAGAUAAUAAACAAUAUCAUUAAGGAUAUUUAUUCUUAAACUACCAGAUAAAGAUAUGUUCCUGGAUAGUAUUAACCCUUUAUACAUUAAAUGUAAAAUUAGAGUGAUUUAGCAAAGUAUUAUAAUCUGAAAUUAGAGUAGAAAAAGACAAUCAAUUAAUAUAUUUAAGGAUUUCGAAAAGUAAGAGGAGACGGAAAUUGUUUUUAUUCAUCUUUUGGAUUUGGUUACUUAUAAUUAUUAAUUGUCCAUUAUGAUUAGAAUUAAUACGAUGAGUUUUUGAAUUCAGUCAUAAAGAAAAUGAGAUUUAGAAUUUAAUAUCAAAGCACUAAAAUAGAUGAUGAAAAAAUAGAAACAUAAUUAAGAGAAGAAUUCAUUAAAAGAUUAAAUUUAAUCAGAAACUUAGAAAAUAAAGUAAUGAGAUAAGAUGAAUUAUUUAAUCAAUUUAGUGCUUAUGAAUAGAAUGAAGAUCAAUAAGCUGAUGGAUAUUUUUAUGCUUUAUCAACUAUCUUUUUUAGAAAUUUAAGUUUACAUUUUAUCGAAUAGAGUGAACAUAAGGAUAUUUUCACAGAAAAAGAUAGCCUUUUACUAUGGGAAGCAGAAUGCAAUAGCAAUGAAAUAGUAAUUUCUAUAUUAGCUUAAUAAUUGAAGAUGUAUUCAACUAUAAUUAAUUUAGUAAUAUUAUUGUGUUCUUCUUUGAUAAAGAUAAAUUUACUAUGAUGGAAUAUAAUAAAGAAGCUAAAAGAAAAAUUAUUUUAUUGUUAUAGCCAGGACAUUAUAAUCUUGGAGUACCGAAAUUAGAAGAAUGAAUAUAAUAAUUGAG